AGGAAACUCCUCCCCACAGACAACGCGUCCUGUCGCCUUCCCAGCGCAAUGGUCUCCUGGAUCAUCUCUAGACUUGUGGUACUUGUCUUUGGUACACUAUAUCCUGCAUACUCUUCUUAUAAAGCUGUGAAAUCAAAAGAUGUGAAAGAAUACGUGAAAUGGAUGAUGUACUGGAUAAUAUUUGCCCUAUUCACUACUGUGGAAGUAUUUACAGACAUGUUUCUUUGUUGGCUUCCUUUCUACUAUGAACUAAAGAUAGCCUUUGUGGUGUGGCUGCUAUCCCCUUACACUAAAGGCUCCAGUGUGCUAUACAGGAAAUUUGUCCAUCCCACGCUUUCCUCAAAAGAAAAGGACAUUGAUGAGUAUAUCUGCCAAGCAAAGGACAAAAGCUAUGACACACUGGUGCAUUUUGGGAGAAAAGGGUUGAAUGUUGCAGCCACAGCUGCAGUCAUGGCUGCAACAAAGGGUCAAGGAGUUCUGUCAGACAGACUCAGGAGUUUCAGCAUGCAGGAUCUCUCUUCCUACCAGUCCGACCCUGUUGACAACAGCUCAGACACUACGCAGCCUGCAGCAGCGCAGCACCGGACCCGGCCUAUGAUGCGCAGCAAGUCAGAGAGCUACAACAAGGGCCAGGAUUUUGACAUGACUGAGUUUGAGGUGUUGGGGUUGGACCAGUGGGACUCCAAGGAGUUUCUGUCCCAGACCACUUCAACUUCUGAGUCUGAGUCCACACCUAUGACACCCACUAUGAUACCCCAGUCCACCCCACCCUCCGCACCCUCUCUGCCCCCCACUCCCGUGACUCAGGAGCAGCCUGAGGAGGUGAGGAAAGAGGUGCAGGCAGCAUCAAGCUCUCCUCAGCUCAGGCUGACUAAGCGGAAGGCUCCUGAGCCUCCUCAUAGAGUCUUAAGGCCUCUCACAAGAUCCAGGAGUGUUCUUUCUUCGAACAAUGAAGCCAUGUGAAACUGUCCUCAAAACUACUCCAGCUGCCUUUGCUGCAAGAAGUAAAAGAAAAUACUGAAUGGCCAAAAGCUACAUGACUGAAGCAGCCCUGCUUUGGAAUAAGGUAUUACCAAAGUGACCUAUGAUGACCCCUCUAUAUACAGUAUAUAGCAAGUGGUUCAUGAUUUAAAAUGUUGAAGUAGGACAAAAGAGUGAAUGGGUGCCAUGCUGAUAGACACUGAGUUUGUUGGUGAUUGAAUAUGUAUUUAUGUACAGUUUAUGUGUACUUCAUCUCUAUGAUUUCAUUGUUUUUAAUCUAUCCAGUCUGGGCAGGCAAUUGCAUGUGUGUCUUCCCAGGCAUCAGUCCACUGUUAUUAAACAGAAUGUACUGUCACUGAAUAUUACAGCGGGCACAGUGAGCAACAGUCACUGCAAGAGAAUGUGAAAGAAGCUGAGGAUCAACAGAAUAGGCAAGGCAGUUUUUAACCCAUAUUAAACUGUUUUCUUGGAGAGCAGCUUUUCUGCACUCAGUAAUUAUCGCAUCAAAGUAUUGAUAAAUCAUUCAGUUAUCCAAGAAAAUUUCAUUAUGAGAUGUUAGAUAGCAGUGACAGACACGAUUAUGUUAAUUACCUCUCUCUUAAAGCCUUAAAAAAAAAGAUAGCAGAGACUUAAAUGUCACUAUGUGUGGUAAAAGCAUUUCCAGCAGAGUUCUUGUUAAUAUGCACUAUGUUUAGAAUAUAAAUCACUGCCCUCAAUAAUCUGAAAUAGCCAAAAACAAUAAAAGAGAAUCACAAAAAAAAAAUAGAAAAAAGCAUUAUCAUCAGUCACUUUUAUUAUUGUGCAUUUCUUCUGUGGCAAAGAAAUUGUUUUUGUGUAACGUCUGUAUCACAGAUUAAAAAAGAAAAAAAAAAAAGAGGUCACUGCAUAAGAUGUUAUGUUAGUGGAGCAGACUGUUUUUGACAAUCUGUUUAGUUUCUAAGCAUGUUUUGUCAUUUAUUUGGCAGUUUUAGUGCAAUUAGGAUUAAGUCACUUUCUGCUGUAGCAAAAGUAGGAUACUACAUGAUUAAACAUUAACUCUAUAUUGACAUGGUUCUUUUUCCAUGUUUAAAAUCACUGUGCAAUGUUCUGCUGUGAACUGAGCAACACUAAACCUGACUCUCUUACCGUUAUUCGCUUCUGUUGUUAUUUAGAAAAUCAUGAGAGUGACUACAGUGUUUUUCAGGUUUACAGUUUCUGUAAAUUAGUAGUGCGUGGUGAAGCAUUGCUUGUUUUCAUCCUGAACAUUACUCACCGAGCCCGAACCUUGGCAACAUUCUACACUAAAGUAUCACUGUGCUGGUUGUUGAUUGAUGAAUUUGCGCAGUAGAUUUCUAACUUUCCUACGGUGGCCCUGAGAGGUCAAAUGCACUGCAACUUAAGAAAACGCCGGCAUAUAUGCUGCAAAAAGUCUCAAAAAACACAACAGCAGUGUUUCUGGGGAGACAAUAACCUGACAGAACAGCUGCGGAAGUGACAAAAAGCAAAACGUGCGAAGGAUCGCACCGAGACGCGCUUAAAAGAAGCGGAGAGAGAAAAACAUGAAGGGUAAUGUGUGUUUUAAUCACGAUUCAUAUAAUACUGAUGCAUGUUUGCUAUUAGCUGUUUACUGUUAUAUUGUCACUUAUGCAGCUGUUCCAUCACGUUAUUGACUCCCCAAAACCCACUUCCAUUGUUUCGUGAGUUUGUUUUUAUGAGCUUUUACAGCAUUUUUUCACAUUUCUAUUGUGUUUUAUUCAACUUUAAUUGCUUCUAUUUCCGUUGUGUUUUAUUUUACUAUUUGUUGGCGUCUUCUUAAGUUGCAGUGUGUUUGACCUGUCAGGGCCACCGUACCUUCCUCUAUGUAUCCGCAUCAUUUAAGGUGGUUUGAAACAAAAGCUUCUCAGGUACAACUGUUCUGUUUACACGUCACUCAGUCUGAUGUUGUAGAUACACUUAUGCACAUGAAAUGCUCUUUUAAUGGAUAAAUGGUUAAAAAAAAUUAAAUGGGGGGGAGAAACAAGAAAAAAAAAUCAAAUGUGUUUAAGCAUUAGUAGUAUCUGUGGUAGUGUUGGAGGUGAUUUCUUUAAAACUCAUGCAAAGCAAAACAGGAAAAAAAUGUUACAACGUUGCAGAUUUGUAUACUUGUGUGUAGAUUGAUAAACUCAUCAUUGCAUGAUGUUUUGUUAAUUUGAUUUCUUAAGUAUUUUUGUGUGAAGCUGUUGGUGUCUUCAGAUGCCUUGCUGGUAAACAUUUUUUAUUUUUAGUUGAUUUGAAAAAAAAAUGAAAUGUUAUAUAUAUAUAUAUAUAUAUAUAUACACACACAUACAAACAUGUCUUAUUAACUGGUAAAUUAGCCACUUAACACUUUAUUAACGGGGAGACAAUUUAUUGUACCAACGUAUCCUCAAUUUUUUUUCUGGCAGGCCAGAAUGUGAAGUUAAUUCAACUUAAAACUUAAUUGUGAAUUAUAUAAAACAAAAAGCAGUGAUGUGAUGACAUAUUGGUUUAUGACUAUCAAUUUGUUUCACUCGUUUAAAUCUUUCUGUUGGUUAAAUCAAUUUGCAACCAUUAAAUAUAAAGCAAAA